AGUCUGUAACUCGCUGUUCCCUUCAAGGACUCACAUGAAAAUGAACCACAAACAGCGACGUUACCGGUAACAGUAACGUUAAGGGCCGUAAUAGCUGUUUGUGUGCGCUCAUUCGCACGCGCUCUCUCCCUCAUUCAUACACACACACGCAUCAUUACAGUCGCGGCCGCACGCGCUCUCCGUCACAUCUGUGUGAGAGACGUGGUUGUCUUUGAGUAACGGAUUAUCUACAUUUCCCCUCGGCUGACCGGGAGCCGCCAUGGAAUGCCGUGUUCUGUCCAUACAGAGCCAUGUAGUCCGGGGAUACGUGGGCAACAAGAGCGCCUCUUUCCCAUUACAGGUUUUAGGGUUUGAGGUGGACUCCAUCAACUCGGUGCAGUUCUCCAACCACACAGGUUAUUCUCACUGGAAAGGCCAGGUGUUAACAGCAGAUGAGCUGCAUGUUCUUUAUGAGGGAAUCAAACUGAACAACGUACACCAAUAUGACUAUGUAUUAACAGGGUAUACCAGAGACACGUCUUUUUUAGAGAUGGUGGUGGACAUUGUUCAGGAGCUAAAGAGAGCCAAUCCCAAUCUGGUUUAUGUAUGUGACCCCGUCCUUGGUGAUCAUGGAUCCAUGUAUGUUCCUCAGAAUCUUUAUCCGGUCUACAAGAAUAAGGUUGUUCCUGUUGCAGACAUCAUUACUCCUAACCAGUUUGAGGCUGAAUUAUUAACAGGGAAAAACAUCAGCUCACAGAAGGAUGCUGUGGAGGUGAUGGACCUUCUACACGCCAUGGGCCCAGACACAGUAGUUAUUACUUCCUCUGAUCUUCCCCCCAGACUGGGAGACCGCUUUCUCGUUUCACUGGGUAGCCAGCGUCAUGUUCGUCCAGAUGGAAGCAGGACGACACAGAGAGUUCGAAUAGAAGUCCCCAAAGUGGACGCCGUCUUUGUAGGAACUGGAGAUCUGUUUGCAGCCAUGCUGCUUGCAUGGACACAUCAUUACCCCAAUGAUCUAAAGACGGCCUGUGAAAAGACCUUUUCAGUGAUGCACCAUGUCAUCCAGAGGACCAUAUCUUAUGCUCAUGAGUUAGCAGGCCCUGGUCGGAGGCCCAGUCCGCCUCAGCUGGAACUGAGGAUGGUUCAAAGUAAAGCCGACAUAGAAGAUCCUGCUAUAGUAACGGAGGCCACCAUCAUAUCCUAACAUUGACAUCCCAUAAGACUCACUAACUCCCCCGCCUCUUCACCCCAUCGACUUCAAAAAUACUGUAUCUCAGUAAAAAAACAAAGAAGCCGUUUAACUUCAACAUGUUAUUAUCCAGACUUCUCAAACACUUUAGUAUCAUAACACCUGCCUCCUGUGAUCCAAAAACCUUUAUCCCUUUAAGUCCUCAGUGUCGUAACUGUUUAAACCAGAACCUCCCCGACCUGUGACUACAAAGUUGAUUUUCCCCAACCCUGUUCUGGAACCAGAGCCAUGGAUAGACUGAAGCUUUGAUCUGAGUGGACUGUAUCUGCUUAUGCUGACAGUAGCUGUGUUUCCAUUACAAAUGGGUGUAAAACUUUGUCAGUAUUCCGGUAAUGUACAAAGAAGACAAUUCUGCAGUUGCAGUUUUACCAUUAAAUAAGAAAUGCAAUUAAAAUCACAAGUGAAUAAGUUUGUUCAUUAGAAAACAUAACAUGCCAUGAUCCUUCAAACACUUUGUUUUUUUUAUCGGUUACAACAUUGUUGUAACUGCAACAAUAAUGUUGUUCAUUAUUUAAUUUGAGUGA